AUGCAGCACGAAUCCGCGUCGGCCAUGGCUGGCCAUGCCAGGCAACACUACCAGGAAACCGAGCAAGAGCACAUCUCUCGAUCACAAAGCGGAUUCCCGGACUUCGAGAAAGACAUGCCGUCGCUCGUAAAUCGCUUCAGCUUCUCGCUGAAGGACAAUCUUUCCUCAUACCUCGGUUCAAAGAACCCCUUUUACUCAAACGUCGACCCACAGAAGGACUACGUCUGGCUGCUCGACAACACAGCGUACCAGAACCGCAUCGGAAGAUGGAAAGCCGAGAUCGUGGCCGCCUACUUCGUCAAAAACAGUGGUAAGGACCUGUCUGAAGUAGUGGGCUACAUCGCAGACAAGAUCGGCAUGGCGAAAGAUGAGAAGGUGGAAGAGACUAUUGAGCAGAGGAUCCAGCCUCUGCUCGACUCCAUCCUCCCUGCGCAUGCUGUCACCAUUGAUCUGCAGGGCGUCGAUGUGCGACUUGGGCCCAGCGGGCGAGACGGCAUUAGCACCGACGAGAUUGCGAUUCCGGGGCAUGGGUACAAGGACGACCAAGUCAUUACCUCGCAGGCCGUCAAAGCUGACGCCACGACGAUGAGGACCCAUUUUGCAUCGCCAAAGGGAUGGGCCGUCCUCAGCGACAUUGAUGACACCAUCAAGAAGACGCUGACGGCCUCGCCAAUCGGCAUCCUCAAGACCACUUUCGCCGACGAACCGGAGCCCAUCAGAGGUAUGCCGGAGCUUUACAAGCACAUCGUCCAGAAGCUGGAUAGCCCGCCCUUCUUCUACCUGUCAGCCUCGCCGUACAACCUCUAUCCCUUCUUGCGCGAUUUCCGUGAGACCUACUACCCCUCCGGCACCAUGAUCCUGCGGGACGCAAGCUGGAUGAACCUCGCCGGCUUCCUUUCCAAUCUUACCCAAGGAACGGAAGCCUACAAAGUCGACCGCAUCGAGAAGGUACACACCUGGUUCCCCAAGCGCAAGUUCAUUUGCAUCGGCGACAGCACGCAAACGGAUCCGGAAUCAUACGGCGAGAUAUAUCGCAGGCAUCCUAAGUGGAUCGGAGCCAUCUUCAUCCGCAAAGUCACCGGCGUCGCAGAGAUGGACGAGAGCACGAAGAACGACCCCGAGCGAUUCAAGAAGGCGUUUGACGAUGUUCCGAGGAAUGUGUGGCAUGUCUUCGAGGAUCCAAACGAGCUUUACACCAAGGUGGACGCGCUGGUUCAGACGGCGACGUAG